AUGGAUAAGAUACUGGAAGCCGUGGUGAUGUCCUCAUACCCCAACAAUGUGAAGCAAGGGCUUGUGAGGCGUGUCAUCGAGGCAGCGAAGCAGCCCAUGGACAGUGAGCAAUGCUGGUCCAUGCUGGAGCUGUCUACCAAGCUUUAUCUCACAGGGGACACCAAGUAUAAAAGAGAGAUUGGGAAAGAAGUGUUGGAGGUCUAUGGCCACUACCACCCAGAGGAAUUUGAGGAGUUUCUGCUGAGUCUCCUCCAGGAAGGUUAUGGACCUCUGGGGAAGAGAAGCCAUUAUGUACUCGAUUAUAUCCAAUUAGGACUGCAGUUCAUCUUGGAAAGCCCAUCAGCAAACAGCAUCUUCAGCUUAUUGAGGAUUGAGGUGCUCCGGAAAGUCUGUGAGAGGCCCAGCCCCAAGCAGUGUGCGAAGAUCAGCAGACUCUUAACCCAGCAUCCCCAGUGCAUUCCCACGGGCAAACACCAGGUCUUGUUUUGUCAGCAGCUGAUCCGGUGCAUCGGGCAGUUCCAGUGUGUCUCGGAGGGGGAAGAGGACAUCAUGGAGUUUUUGGAGCAUGUGAACAAAGUGAGCGGGCUGCUGCAGAGGAUCUGGAGGACUCAGACCUCAGCCAUCCUGCCCUCUUUGAAGGAGCUCUUCACAAUCAUUUCUUCAACAGAGGAGCAGGAAGCACCAUCCAACGCCUUGGCCAGCGUGGUCCAAUUUGUCCCUCUGGAGCUCAUGGAUGGCGUCAUAAGAAACCUAACCAACGAUGACAGCAUCACCGAUGUGCAAAUGAUGACGGCCAUUGGCAGGAUGAUCGACUGGGUGUCCUGGCCCCUGGGAAAGAACAUAGACAAGUGGAUCAUUGCUCUGCUGAAGGGUUUGGCCGCGGUGAAAAAGUUCAGCAUCUUGAUUGAAGUCACACUUUCGAAAAUCGAAAAGGUCUUCUCCAAGUUGCUGUACCCCAUCGUGAGAGACACUGCUUUGUCUGUCCUGCAGUACAUGCUGCUGAGCUUCCAGCACUCCCACGAGGCAUUUCACUUGCUGCUCCCUCACAUCCCCAGGCUGGUGGUGUCUCUGAAGAAGGAGGACUCCAACUCUGCCACUAGCGCCCUGGAGCAGCUGGCUGAGCUCAUCCACUGCAUGUUCUUCCGCUUCUCAGGAUUUCCAGAUCUCUACGAACCAGUCCUAGAAGCAGUUAAAACUCUUCCUAUUCCAAACGAAGACCGGAUUAAACAUCUCUUGGGACAAAACGCUUGGACCUCCCAGAAGAACGAGCUGGCCUGCUUCUACCCACGCCUGGCAUCCAAAUCGGAGACAGGAAAGAUUGGGUUAAUUAACUUGGGAAACACCUGCUACAUGAACAGCAUCAUCCAGUCUCUUUUCAUGGCUUCGGACUUUCGGCAUUCAGUGUUGAAUUUAACUGAGGGCAACUCCCAACCCCUGAUGACAAAGCUUCAGUGGCUCUUUGCGUUUUUGGAGCACAGUCAGAGACCUGCCAUCUCACCUGAGAGUUUCCUCUCUGCCUCUUGGCCACCUUGGUUCACGCCUGGCGCUCAGCAGGACUGCUCGGAAUAUCUCAAGUACUUGCUGGACCGGUUGCAUGAAGAAGAAAAAACCGGAAAAAGGAUCUACCAGAAACUGAAAGAAUCCAGCUUGAUGUCUCAGGCAGUGGAGCACCAUUACUUAAACAAGACACUGAUUGAGAAGAUGUUUGGGGGUAAAAUGAUGACAAAGAUCCGCUGCUUGAAGUGUCUGAAUGUCUCUUCCCGAGAAGAAGCCUUCACAGACCUGUCGCUAGCUUUUCCUCCGCUGGACAGGCGUGUGCGCGAGAGCACGUCUGUUUUACCGGUGGAAGAAAUCGGCCCACAGUAUAUUGAGCCUCCUGAAAACUUGAACCAGCUGAUGGGGUCUCCCUGGAUCCUGAGGAAGCCCCCCAACGCCAGAGACCCUGCAGCCCCACCAAUGCCAGUGGAAACAUUGGGUUUCCAGGAGCCAGAAGAAUUGGCAAAUCCCUUAAGCGCCAAUGCUGUUGGCACGGAUGCAGCCAAAGACCCUCUCCCGGCUUUUGGGGAGCAGGCAUGUGCUCCCAAAGACUCCAGAUCCGUCCUGGAUUUAAUCAACUAUUUUUUAUCCCCGGAGAGAUUGACAGCAGAGAAUAAAUACCACUGUGAGAAAUGUGCUUCCUUGCAGGACGCCGAGAAGGUGGCAGAGCUGACGGAGGGUCCACACUACCUCAUCCUCACGUUGCUGCGCUUCUCCUUCGACCCACGGACCAUGAAGAGGAAGAAGAUCUUGGACAAUGUCUCCAUCCCCGUGGUGCUCAAGUUGCCUGUCCUUGUCACCCCGGAGGACACUGAGGAGAUUUGCCAGCAUGGGAAGGACAAGGCUGCCCCGGGAAGUGGUUUCGUGUCUGUCGUGUACGACCUCUGCAGCGUGGUGGUGCAUUCAGGCAUCUCCUCCGAGAGUGGUCACUACUAUUGCUACUCGAGAGAGUGCACUGACACCGUCCCCCACGGGCAGCCCCGGGAUGGGGAGCCAAAACCAGCCUCCGACAAACAGCUGGACUUUGAAAUCCAGUGGUACCUCUUCAACGACACCAGGGUUUCCUUCUCCUCCUUCGAAUCAGUCAGCAACGUCACCUCUUUCUUCCCCAAGGACACUGCCUAUGUCCUCUUCUACAGGCAGCGGCCGGGCAGGCAGAGCUGCCCGCUGCACGAGGCUCUGGCUGAGGCUGGCCGCCUGCAUGGCGAACCCUCCCUCCAUAAGGACUUGAUGGAAGCCAUUUCCAAAGAUAACAUCCUCUACUUGCAGGAGCAGGAAAAGGAAGCAAGGAACAGAGCCGCCUACAUUUCCACCUUGCCGAAAUCACCGCUGUGGUGGAGAGACUUUGACAGGGACAAGGAUGAUGACAACUCAUCGGGGGGCUGCAGCCCAGCAGCAGGCGGGGGUGGAUCCGGCUCCUUUCACGGACUUGUCUUCUAG